AUGUUCCUUGACCAUUCUUGUCCCAUGGGCGCCCUAAAAGCCACGGAGCUGCAAUGCGGUGUACUUCCUAUUGAAGUGUCCAUCCCGAAUAGAAAAAUUCAACGUCAUGGUGGAUAUCACAAAGAAAGUAAACGAGCUAAAUGUACAACUGCAAGGCAACCUAAUGAGUGGGCUAAUCAGCCAGAGCCAGGGAAUGAAAACCCUGAUCUCAAUGAGGCUGUUGAAGGUGAGCAAGCUCCUGUAGGAGAGGCUUCGUCAAAUGAAAUGACAUUGGAUGAAUGGAAAGCUUUGCAGACUCAAAAUAAACCCAAGGCAGAGUUCAACAUCAGACAGCCUGGGGAAGGUGAAGACGGAUCUAGAUGGUCUAAGGGUCGCGAGUAUCAUAAAAAGCAUGAGGAGGAAGAAGAAGAGGAAGAAGAAUCCGAGGAAGAGGAUGAGGAGGAUCGCCAUGCUCGUGGCAAGCAUUUGGUGACAGAUAUUCGCAUUACCUUUAAUGAUCCUCCAAGGCGAGGUCGUGGUAGGCGUGGAGGCAGAGCCGGUAUGGAGAGGGGCGGCAUAGAAAGAGGUGGUCGUGGAUCCCGCGGAGGUACAAAAGGUAUGGGUUGCAAGCCCAGAGAAUCAGCCCCACGAUUCGAUGAUGAAGCUGAUUUCCCUUCUCUUGUGAAGUCUGCUGCCUAAUGGGCAAUGAAACCAAUGUUAAAUUGUUCAGUUUUUACACUGGAUAGGCUUAGUUCAAGGACAUCUUAAUAUUGGUGUACAAGAAUUAUUUUAUUUUCAUAAUCUAGGGAAAUUCGUUUCUCUAGUGCAUCUGCAGAUUCCUUUAAAACUCUUUGUAAAUAUGGUGACGACUGCCAUGGAAAAUUGGUCUUUGUUGACACUUCGCCGAGAAUGUUUUUCACUUUGAUAAUGUGUUGCAAGUAAACUUUUGCAUAAAUAUAGUUCAUUACCUCUUAUGUGAGUGGCAGACAUGUAUCAGACCAGUUAGUGUGCCAGGUAUAGUGGUCAUAUACUAAGUACAUGACCUGGUUUAAAUUUUUUGCCAGGGCAAAAUACCUGGAUAAGACAAAGACAGUAACCACUGAUGACAGUUUUUUAAGGUGUUCUAUUGUCAGGAAGUGUCCAUUUUUUCGCUUAUUCCAUGCAUCAUGUACAUUUUUGCUCCAUAUACACUUCAGUGUAAGUGCACACUGUUAUUUCUAAGAAUGUUUAUUGUAUGACUAAAACACAUCCAUCUCAUUUGUCAGUUCAUUCAUCACAGACUGCCAUUGUUCUCGUUUUAUUGGUUCUUAUCAUGUAUUGUAUUUAUUUGAACCAAACAAGAUAGGUUUUUUUAAGGUAGUUUUUAAAAGUUAGUAUUUAAUGAUGGUAGAUUUAUCAAAAUGUUUCAAAAUGUUCUAAGCAGUUAAAUUGCUAACAUCUUAUGUUUUAGUUGAUUUUAAGAUUUUACUUUUUCAAAAUUCUUAUUAAUGGAGAGAAUCACUUGUGGCUUUUAAUUUUCCUCACAUUUAUAAUAAAAGAACUUGCGGCAUUGCCAAAGUGCUGCUGUCUCUAAGAAGUGAGAUUCUGCAUGGGUAUGCUGUGUGGAUGGUUUUGUUUUGCGAGAUCUCAGUCUUGCAUGUGGUAUAAAUUUUGACAGAACAGAAUGUUGCCUUCAAGGUUGUCUGUGUAUUUGUGUGAUUUGUUUUUGAAACAAAUUAAAUUAAAAAAAAUAUCCCUUUUC